CAUGGCAAAGUGUCUGGUUGGCUUUAACAUGGCAAAGCCCAGCAUGAUCCAUGCAGAACUGCUUCAAGUAUCUCACCGCCUCCACGUGGCGGUCCCGGGAUCUUGUAUCUCUGUCAACCGACAGGGUACUUGCUAAGGUGAGAAGGCGGCUUUUAAAUCCCGUUCGCGUCUGUUCCCGAAGAGGGCGGCGUCUGGGUUAGCGUCUGUCCCAUAUUGGGCGGCUACAUAAUUGUCUUUUUGCAGAUCGGCAGACACUAAAGAAGGUCCCCCGCUGAUGACAGCGGCAUUCCAACACCUGAGUACCCAGAUUGAAACCCUGGUUAAAUGGCUGCUGGGCUAAUGCUGAAGUUACCUCCGUCCUUUUAAAACUUGGCGAGUCUUUAAAUACGUUCUAAUCACAUCAUCGCGGAACCGAUGGUACAGGUGCAGUUGAGACAACUCCUGCUUAACAUCCGUCCUGGCUCUGAACGCAGGUACCCAUAAGGACCUGCGUCAACCCUCGCAUGAACCUCACUGCUUGCAUAGGGACCCAUGGGGGCAUCGUGGAGGACUGUACAUAUGUGAGGAGAUAGCGACUUAAAGUUUGGACCCAUAUAGCAUGCAGAACAAUAGAAAACCCCAAGAAGAAGAGAGAGGAGCAUUCCAGAAGAGUAGAAAAAUGAUGAGGUCGCCAGAUCAAGGCGUUACAGAAGAAGGAAAGUCGGCGCAAGUGGUUCAUCUGGAGGAACAACCAAACCCAUCUACGGCAAUACUGCACGAGGAUCAGCAAACCCCUGCUUCGACCCAAGAUGUCAGACCUGCGGUAGGUUCCCCAAGACAAGAGCUCAUCUAUAAAAUGAGAGCACUAGAAGAGGAAACGAUCGAGAAAUGCAGAGCAGUGCUUCGAAAAAUGAAGCAUGCGAUGCUAAAGCAGCGAAACAUCAGUAUGGAUGUGAAAGACGGAGCGUCAGAACUGAGCGAACUCCUUGAUAUUCUCGGAAACUACAGGAAAAGCUGGUUGACAGCCGAAACAGAGAGAGUCAAGGAAACGAACUUAGCGGCUGAAGCCAACAAACAGCUGCAGGAAACUGACACACCAGUUUCGUCCCGCAAAAAGCGGACUGCUUCUAGCCCGGCCGAGCCAGAGGCAUUUAAAAAGCCGAAAAGUAAGGAAGCGAAGGACGGCUUUAAAACAGUGACUCGGAAGAAGGGAAAACCCAAAACAUCUCAAACAGAGGAAACGAACAAAGCUGUUAAUGUUAACCCUGAGAGGAAAGGAGAAAACUCUAAAGUACGGUCAAGAUCCCGCCCAGAAGCUGUUUUGGUCAAGCCCGCAGAAGGCAGGAGCUACGCCGAGGUAUUGAGGGAACUUAGGGAAAACUUGAAGCCUGACGAGACCGAUACAGCCAUCCGCUCAGUCAGGAAAACCAAGUCAGGGGAUUUGCUUCUCGAGUUAGCAAAAGGAAGUAAGUCUGAGAAGCUUUGCGAAAGCAUUAAGCACACGCUCAAAGAAAAUGCCACAGUGAGGACUAUCAGGCCGUUGAGCAAGUUGGAGAUACGAGACCUAGACAGUCUGACAAACGAGGAGGAAGUCAUAACUGCAAUCAAGUUCAUUAUAGGCGAGCAGAGUCAGGAAGUCAAAGUGAGACUAACUGGCGCAAACAAUUCUGAGCAAAAACGUGCAUUCGUUAUAUUGCCAACAGAAGAAGCAGCUAAAAUUCUUAAGGAGCCAAGAAUCAAGAUUGGAUGGACGCGAUGCCGAGUGAAACGGUGCAUCGAAGUUACACGCUGCUUCAGAUGCUUUGGGGUAGGCCACCUACAAAGGGAUUGCUCGGGACCAGACAGGAGAGAUCUCUGUAUUAGGUGUGGAGAGACGGGGCACAAGAUGAGAAACUGCACGAAGACACCGAAAUGUUGCCUGUGUGCAUAUGAAAACCGCACGGAUCUCAAUCAUUUCCCUGGGACGAGUAACUGCGCAGCCAGUACCCGCAAAACCCAAAUAUGA